AUGAAUGAUGACGCCGAAUCUUCGACAAGGGUCGCGAACGCACCGAAGUCUUCGUGUCGUCAGCCGAACGACAAACCCACGAUGCUUCCAGGGGAUCUUCAAUAUAAACUCCCGCCAGUAGUCAAAAGUAUUACAAACGGUUACACAACAACACUGGCAAGUGGAGAAGUAGUCUCAAGCAUCAUCGCGGGUGUAGAGGCUCAGCUAAUCGGGUUCUACAACGGAGAUAGCAAGCUCUCUGCCAACCCGAACGCAAAGGCCGCUGUCAUGAUUAUGACGUAUAUUGCCUUCCUGUGCAGCAUCAGCGCAACGAUAGAUUCGUUAUUGCUCACAGACGACUUGGCGGAGCUUGCAUCGCGCUCAACACGAGCUCGGCCCGAUGAAGUCGACCUGACAACGACAGUGGAGUCACAGGCGCUGAAGAAGUUUGGCACCAGGGCGGGUUUCAGUUUCAUCAUGAAGCACUGGAUCACGUCGUUAUCUGCCGCUUGCCUUUGCACCAUUGCGUCGGCUGUGGUCCAUGCUGUUAUACAGGGGUCACUCGCCACCACGGUCACAGUCCCCAUCAUAGCCGCGUUCUCAGCAUUACCCUUCUUCUGGCCUAUCCUGGCCGUACCUGGCAAGGAUUUUCUAUUCAAAAGGGUUACCGCUGCUGCGACGCACGCUAGUACGUCGGGACAGGCAUGA